AUGGGGANGCCUGAAACAGCCAGAAAGGAAAAUUUUGAGGUUGCAAAGAUUUUGGUUAGGGUGAAUCUGCUUAAAGAGCUCCCUACCCGUGUCGUCUCUGGGUUUAGUGAUGGUUGUGAGAUCGACAUUGAUGUCUCCUAUCCCUGGCUUCCCCCGAAAUGUGCCUCUUGCGACCAAUUUGGACACACUACGACUUUGUGCCCACGGAAUGCUCCUACGGUCUCAGUGCGAAGAGUGUCUAGGAGAUCUCCUAGCAGUAGGGGAAGACCAGCACGAAGGGAGAGGCUGUCUCGUCAGGGCUCUCUUCUUAGUAGGGUGCGUUUGAAAACAGUCUUAGGCUCGCGGUUUCUCACCCCUGAUGCACCAGAACGAGAAGCCGCCAACUCCAUCACCACCUCAAAUUUGGGAUCAGAUCAGGAGAAGACUGCUGCUGAGAUCCCUACCCAAGGCUUGGUUUACAAGGCCUUGAAAGCACUAAAGCCGGAUCUCCGCAGACUGAACAAGCGGCAUUUUAGUGGUAUUUCUGAAAGAGUGAAAGUUGAAGAAUCCAGAGCUAUCCUCACAGCCCCCACCCCAGAGCUAGCAAGGGAGGAACAUCUUGUUCGCACUCGUUGGAAAAUGUUAAGCAAGGUUGAGGAAAAAUUUUAUCGCCAGAGAUCUCACGCUAAAUGGAUGCACCUUGGUGACCGGAAUACUAAGUUCUUCCAUAAAACGCUCUCAGCAAGGUUAAAUAAAAACGAUAUUCAUUUUCUUCAGGAUCAAAGUGGAAGGAGAUUAUCUGACAUAUCUGAGAUUAUGUCUCACGCUUCUGCUUAUUUUAAGGAGAUCUUAGGGACCACCACUUUGGCUCAAUCCCCAUGCUCUUCAUCCUCCCUUGCUGAGCUGCUCCCCUUCAGAUGCUCCGAAGCCCACAAAUCUUCCUUGGAGGCUGCGGUUUUUGAGGAGGAGAUAAUUCGCACCGUAUUUGCUCUGCUUUUGGACAAAUGUCCUGGUCCGGAUGGUUAUUCCGUGGAGUUCCUCAGAGCCUCUUGGAGUACAGUAGGCAGUGACAUUGUUGGGGCGGUGCAGGAAUUUUUUCGAAAUGGGAGGCUCCUUAAAGAUUUCAACACUACAAAGAUUGCUCUGAUUCCCAAAUUCCCUGAAGCUUGCAAGCUAGGAGACUACAGACCCAUCAGUUGCUGCAAUUUGGUUUACAAGAUCAUUUCUAAGAUAAUUGCUAACCGGCUCAAGCCCAUUCUGCAGGUGGAUAUUAGAAAAUCGUUUGAUACCGUCUGCUGGGACUUUGUUCUCAAGUUACUAGAUGCACAUGGUUUCCCGCCUCUAUUCUCCUGUUGGAUUAGGGAGUGUAUAUCUUCUCCAAGAUUCUCGAUCGCUAUAAAUGGUGAACUUGCGGGUUUUUUCAAAGGAAAGAAAGGUCUAAGGCAGGGAGACCCUUUGUCUCCUUACCUCUUCAUUAUGGUGAUGGAGGCUCUUUCUAAACUUCUGGAAAAAGCUGUGGAUAAUGGCCAAAUUGAGUUGCAUCCAAGGUGCUCUACACCUAGAAUUACCCACUUAUUGUUUGCGGACGAUCUCUUGGUAUUCUCUAAUGGCUCAAGACGAUCCCUUACUGGAAUUGCGGAGGUUAUGAGCAGGUUCAAGGAGAUGUCCGGUCUUGAUAUGAAUCUGUCCAAGUCGGAAAUCUUUUUUGGUGGUUAUUUGGAGGAUGAUGCUCAAUCCUUGGCUGUGCUCUCUGGUAUCCGGCGAAGUUCUUUUCCCACUCGGUACCUCGGCUUGCCUCUCAGUACAACAAGGAUCACCUUUGCCAUGCUACAACCCUUUCUGGAGCGAAUCACGAGUAAGCUUCACUCUUGGACCGCCAAAUUUCUAUCCUUUGCCGGAAAAAUCAGGCUGAUAUCAUCGGUUAUAUAUGGUAUGGAGGCUAAUCGUUUCUCUAAAACGGUGAACAGCAUAUUGCAGCUCAAACCCAUUAUCACUGAGUAUCUCAAGUGUGAAGUGGGUGAUGGGCGUUCUGCCUCAUUCUGGUUUGACUCAUGGACUGAGUUUGGUCAGCUUAUUACCUUCCUAGGUGAAUCUGGUCCAAGACAACUCCGUAUUAGUAAGGAUGCGCAUAUUAUCACCGCUUCGAGAAAUGGGGAUUGGGUACUACCGCCUGCUCGAUCAGAUAACUUUCAAGCGCUUUUGAUUGCUCUUACUGAACUCCCUGCUCCCUUGGAUAGUAAAGGUUGGGAUUCCUACCUUUGGCGUAACGCUGCAGGAUUAUAUCGCCCCUGUUUCUCUGCCAAAGAGACAUGGGAGCAGCUAAGGAUUCAUUAUUCGGUCGUCCCUUGGGCUAAGGCUGUGUGGUUCAAAGAGCAUGUGCCAAGGUUUGCCUUUAUUACAUGGUUGGCUAUUCUCUCUCGCCUUCCAACAAGAGAUAGGCUGCGUAGUUGGGGGUUGAAUAUCCCUGCAUCUUGUGUUCUUUGUCCCAAUGGGAUUGAGACACACGAGCACCUUUUCUUCACUUGUCCAUUCUCCACAAACCUCUGGGGGUUCUUUGCUGCUAAGUUCUUUCCCAAUCCUCCUCUUACUCUUUCAGAUAUUCCUGCAUGGAUUCUCAAUCUCCGUCAACCGCAUGUCGCCAAGGCAAUCACCAUCAUCAAGCUUCUGUUUCAGACCGUGGUUUAUCACAUCUGGAAGGAACGAAAUGCCAGGAUCUUCUCAUCUGCCGAAUGCUCCGCCACAUAUCUCCGCCUCUCCAUUGAUCGUACGUUGCGAAGUCGCCUCCUCUCAUUUCCUGGGACCGUCUCGCAGCCAACCUCUCUCCUGGAAGUUUACUUUAGUCGUCUCUCUUAUCCCCUUUAG